GUCCUUGAGCAUUUUCUCAGCAUGCGGUAUGAAGGCACUUCCACCAGCAUUAUGGUGCUGUUAGAUGGUACAUGUGAGGGUCAGACUGUGGAAAGUGGGGAGAGCGAUGGUGCUGGAAAUUUGAUGCACCGAGUAAAAGCGAAUUUUACCCAUUGUUACGAGCAGCAGUUUGGGUUUCUCCUAAUGAAGCGAGAAAUCAUGGUUGAUGCUGUUCGCGUCCGAGGGCGAGGCGUGCAGAUAGGGAAAGAGGCCCGUGCUCGCAUAGCACAACAAAAACAAAAUUCGGCGGUACAUCAGCCGCCAUAUUCGACUCGGGUAAAACUCGCGCCAAGGCCGAUAUCGACGAUGAAAACAUAUCUCUCAAAUGGAUGGGAAACGGUAAAUGUCUACAUUGUCAAUGCAGAUAAUGGUCCUGUUGAGGGGCCUGCCGUGCUUGUCGGGGAAGGCACCAGCAUUCUGUUGGAAUCCAAUUCUAUAGCGUACACUAAUGACAGCGGUUCUCUUAUCAUUCACACAUCGCAACUCAUUGAAAAGAUCUCCACUGCAUUGCAUCCGCUCCACCUUUCUAUUUUUUCUCACCGAUUUAUGUCCAUUGCGGAACAGAUGGGAAAUGCCCUGCAACGCACGAGCAUCUCAACAAACAUAAAGGAGCGUCUGGACUUUAGCUGUGCGAUUUUUGACAAAAAUGGAAAUUUGGUGGCAAAUGCUCCGCAUAUUCCUGUUCACCUUGGAGCUAUGGGUGCGGCGAUAAGAUGGCAGCGUGAAUAUUAUGGAGAUCAAUGGCGGGAGGGGGAAAUGGUGCUUAGUAAUCAUCCUGCAUGCGGUGGUAGUCAUUUGCCCGAUAUUACUGUUAUGUCUCCCUUUUUCUUUAGGGGAGAAGUCAUUUUCUAUGUUGCUUCUCGAGGACACCAUGCUGAUGUGGGAGGAACGACACCUGGAUCCAUGCCACCCUUUUCAAAGACUUUACAAGAGGAGGGUGCAGCCAUAAAAACCGUGAAACUUAUCGAAGAUGGCAUAUUUCAGGAAGAACGUAUUCGAGAAUUACUCUUGAAGCCCGGAACAUGCGCAAGAAUGUCGGGUUGCCGUACCUUGGAAGACAGCAUUUCUGACUUGCGCGCACAGGUAGCUGCGAAUAAGCGAGGUAUGCAACUGUUAAAAGAACUGAUGGAAACUUAUGGAUAUGAAGUUGUUCAGGCAUACAUGGGGUACAUACAGGACUUUGCUGAAGCUUCUGCCCGAGACGCUCUCAAGCGGGUAGCAAAGCUUUAUGGCACAACUCUCCCCUCUGUGGAUUACAUGGAUGACGGUUCAGAGAUUCGUCUGAAAAUUGAAAUUGACCCUGAAACGGGGUCAUCUUGCUUUGACUUUACUGGGACGAGCAGCCAAGUUCUGAAUUCUACGAAUUGUCCUACGGCGGUCGUUUAUUCGGCUAUCAUCUACUGCGUUCGAUGUAUUGUUGACGCGGAUAUUCCGCUCAAUCAAGGUUGUAUGAGGCCGAUAAGGGUUGUGCUGGAACGAGGCUCUAUUCUUUCUCCUGACGAUGAACUUCCGGUGGUUGCGGGGAACGUGUUGACCAGUCAGCGGGUAACAGAUGUCAUCUUUACGGCUCUACGUGCGGUAGCAUGCAGUCAUGGCUGUAUGAACAACUUCACUAUGGGGUCCUCCGACGUUGCUUACUAUGAGACCAUAUGCGGUGGAAGUGGUGCAGGUGAUGGGUUUAAUGGAACUUCUGCAGUGCAUACACAUAUGACAAACACACGAAUGACUGACCCAGAGAUACUUGAAACACGCUAUCCCGUAAUUCUGCGCUUUUUUCGAAUUCGUCGGGGAUCUGGUGGAAAUGGGAAAUACAAGGGUGGCGAUGGUGUGGUGCGCAGCUUCUUAUUCUUGCAGGAUCUGACCGCCGUUCUGCUUACUGAGCGACGCGUGUUGGAGCCGAAGGGAUUAUUUGGUGGUGGCAAUGGCAUGAAAGGAUUGAAUAUGGUGUACGUCCCUAAUGAGGACACGGCUGCACGUUGGUCUGUUUCACCACAAGAGAUGCUUCACGACGUGAAGCGAGGAGAAUGGACGCGGGAGGAGGAAACACGCUCUUCUGAUGGCUGCGCCGUCUACCGCGCAAGAAAUGCGGGCGGGAAGAAUGUUCUUGCGGUAAGGUGUGGUGACAUACUCACCAUCCAUACAGGCGGUGGUGGCGGGUGCUAUCCAGAAGAGGCGAAACAAGAGAAUAAGCGAGGUACGAUUCAUGACUAG